AAAGAUGGCGCCGACAGCCAGGAAUCGGGCGAACGUCCACACGAGAAAAGAAUUACAGAAGGAGAUCCUGAAGCGCCAGGCGAAUAAUAAGGAAUCCUCCAAAGAGAGAGAGGAUACUGGACAGAAUAUAAUAGCUGUAGUCGAGCCCUGGACACCAGGAGCAUACACAGCUCUCAAGGCGCUCCUCUCUGCCCGGCUCUGUGCUGCCAUCUGGGCCCUCAUCAACGAUUGCGAUGAAACCUACAACUACUGGGAGCCGACCCACUACCUGCUGUACGGCAAGGGAUUCCAGACGUGGGAAUACGCCCCCCAGUACGCCCUGCGCUCCUACACCUACAUCCUGAUCCACGCGGUCCCCGGCUGGAUUUACUCCAAUCUCCUGCAGUCCAACCGCAUGCUGGUCUUCUUCUUCAUCCGGUGCAUGCUGGCCCUCGGAUGCUCAGGCUGCGAAUUGUAUUUCUACCGGGGGAUCUGCAAGGAAUUCGGGGCAAAUGUUGGGAGGCUCACUCUCAGCAUCCUUGUCUUUGCCGCGGGAAUGUUCAUCGCUUCGACUGCUUAUCUUCCUUCGAGUUUUGCAAUGUACAUGACUUUCAUGUCAAUGGGAGCUUGGUAUCAUCAGAGUUACGAACUUGCUAUUUUUACUACUGCUAUUUCUACUUUCCUUGGCUGGCCUUUUGCAGCUGCUAUUGGGAUCCCCAUCGCAUAUGACAUUGUUUUUCGCAAGCAGCAGAUUUUCAUGUUUGUCAAGUGGUGCAUAAUAUCCAUGGUCACUAUUUUGGUUCCAAUGGUCCAGAUAGAUUCUCACUACUUUGGAAGUUUCGUCAUUGCUCCUUUGAACAUCGUGAAGUACAACAUCUUCACUUCUCACGGUCCAGACCUUUAUGGCACUGAACCGUGGAGUUUUUAUAUGUUCAAUGGCUUCCUGAAUUUUAAUGUUGUGUUUUUAGCUGCACUGGCAUCCCUUCCCAUGUAUACACUGGUGUCUUACUUAGUACAGCUGCCCAAGAAGAGCAGUAUGUACCUCCCACUGUGGCUCACUCUCUCCCCACUCUACCUGUGGCUCCUCGUCUUCAUCCUGCAACCGCAUAAGGAGGAGCGCUUCCUUUUCCCAGUCUACCCGUUGAUCUGCCUUGCCGGAGCCAUUACCAUUGACUGCUGUCAAAAACUGGGCUCAUUCUUGUUAUCAGCAAAACGACAACAUUACCUGCAACACACUAAUUGGUUUGCAAUCUGCAUCGUUAUUCUGACGUCAGUGCUAAGCCUUUCGCGUAUUGUUGGGCAGUACAGAGCCUACCACGCCCCCUUGGAAACAUUCAUGGAGCUGAACCGACUUGCUGUAGAGGAGAAUUUCCCGACCGACCGGCCAAUUAACCUCUGUGUGGGGAAGGAGUGGCACCGUUUCCCGUCCUCGUUCUUCCUGCCAGGGUUAAAUUGGAAUUUGCAGUUCAUCGAGAGUGAGUUCCGAGGGCAGCUUCCCCAGCCUUAUUCGGAGGCGGCCAACGGAACCCUAGUCAUUCCCGAGAACAUGAACGACAUGAACAGGGAGGAGGAGUCGAGAUAUAUAUCGUUAAGUUCCUGUCACUUCUUGAUCGACUUAGACAGAGAAGAGGAGACGGAAAGGGAGCCGAGAUAUACGAAACGCACUACGGAUUGGAUAACUCUCCAUAGUGUCCCUUUUAUGGAUGCACAGAGAUCUCAUAGAUUACUGCGUGCCUUCUACGUUCCCUUCGUCACGGAACAGCACUGCACCUAUCUCAGUUAUACCCUGAUGCAGUCAACCAAGUGGAAACCAAAGUCGCGAUAUUUAGGACGAUUAUAGUAAUAUAUGGGAUUGUUAUUUUAAUUAGAACAUAAGGUAAAUAAAUGAUAAAAAAAGUUGUUGCUGUGACUCGAUUGCUGUGAACACUCAUUUGUACAGUCCAAAGAUAAAUUGGUGUCUGUUUAUAACAUGCGUUUGUAUAUUUUGGUGAUGUUAAUUUAUUUAUUGUUGCCUUUUUUUCUCUUUUUUUUCCGUCAUUGUGUUUCCCUCACUCUGUGUAAGUGUGUAGAUGCAUGAUGUAUGAAGAGUAUUGUUAUUUGUUAUUUUUCUGUCUGCUGUUAUUCUUUUUUUUAUUAUUCAUUCACUAUAGGUUCUUCAGGUUCAUUUCUUUUUACGUAUUAAUGUAAUUUAUCUCCAUAUAAGUUAUUUUGUUACGUUUGCCGAGAGACUCUUAUUUACUGAACAGCUUUCUUAAUUCCAUUUUAUGACAUUCCAUCUUUCGAAGUGUAUAAGGUUAUUUAUAAUAGUGGUCGAGAGAUUAUAGGCUGACAUUACGGAGAAAUGUAGAACGUAGAAAAGGUGUGGACGAGAAGUGACAAUUCCAGGUUGCAAGAUCUGUAAUGAAUGUUUCAGUAAAUACGUAAGCAUCUGAGUUACUUGAUGCUAAUGAAGAGGUAAUUUUGAAACAUUAUUUUCAUGUCUUACAUUUUGGAAUUUAUGACAAUAUAUUUGUUUGUGAAUGAACUGCAGCAAGAAAAAAAAAAAUAU